GGAGCAACAGAUUUGUAAUAGUUUGGGAUAUGGUUGACUUUCCCACCAGAGGAUUCUUCAUCGUGCCUAGGAUCUGAAACAAUAAUGGGUCCUAAAGGUCCAGUAGACGACAACCACAGUUGAAGGUAGAUUAACCAUGCUGUGAAGAAUGUCGAACUCUGGCAAAAUUAGUCCUGUGCCGACUGGUUCCCCAACACCUAACCACUCUUUGCCAGAUGUGAAGCAAGCAAUGGUUACUCAACAGUCCCCACAAGGAAUAACAAUCCAGUUAACUAAAGUGCAUAGUGAAGACAACUGGGAGGAUUUAGCCGAAAGUGAGCUGAUUUUCACUUUGGACCAAGAUGAAGAAGAAGCACUGGCCUCCACCUUAGCAAGUAGAACUACAUCUCCGCUGUAUGGGCGGUCAAGAAAGCAAGAUGGCACCAUCAUUAAUGAGCUGGCUCUGGCCGCUUAUGAGUGUGCCGGUGACGUUUUGCUGUCCGGUGAGACCCAAAAACAUAGCCCCUUCUUGUCUAGUUCACCCACAUCCAAACCGCUCAACCUUGUGAAGUCUGUCUCUACAGAAAUUGAUGUCAAAGACCCCACUCUUCAUAAACCUCAUCCCUUCGUUAACUUGGUCAAGUCCAUUUCCACUGAGAUCUCCAGACUGGAGCCGGAAGUGACACAGUCCAAAUCUGACUCUAAACUCAAUGUUCAUCUCUGGAGACAGAUAACGCAACCCAGGGGGAAAAAUGGAGACUCUAGAACCGCUCCAUCCUCCCCAAGCACAUCACCUUCCGAAAGCAAAGGAAUGUUCUUUAAUGUGCAAGACGUUGAAGCCAAGUUAGAAGACACCAAGAGGAAAUUGUCCGAAGCUAUGCAGGAACCGUUGAGCAUGCUCAGUAAGAUGAUAGGUGAGGAGACAAGCCCAAACCCCAAGUACAGAACUAUGUCCCCGCUGUUCUUCAACCAGGAAUCCCCAUCGAGUCAAGGUAUUUUUGAAUCAAAGAACACGUUUACCAACUAUGGAAGGUUAGACGAAAAAGAUAUCAUGGACUCUGUGGAUCCCGCUAAAGCUAUCCACAGGGAAGAACCAAAGAACCAUUGCAAAUAUAAGAUCUGCUCUUACGGGGACAUGAUCCAAGUAGUAGAACUGACCGGUGAGGAUGUAGAAGAUGAAAACGUAUCUCCCACCAUGGAUGAUCGCCCAUCUUCAUCCCAUAACAAUGACGUGCCCUUUAGCGUCCUGGUCUGUAUAGCAAUCCUAGCAUAUAACUUCUUCAUCUGGCCACUUCCUGCCUACAUCUCGGGGCUUUUCAUGGGCAUUGCUAGUGGACUAAUUUUAGGAUUUUUCUUGGUAUUAUUGCUGGUGCCCAAACGUUCCUGUUCCAGGAGACACAAGCGUUACCUUCAGGAAUGUGAAGCUUUUCCUUCAAUUAUUCAUAACCUCCAGGAACAGAAUCUGCUACAGGGCUGGAUGAACGAGAUGUUUUCUUACGACCCUGAGUUCUACCACCCGGCUCUCACCCAUUCUGUGUUUGUGACACUAGAAGGUACAACCUUGAAACGCUCUUAUGCAAAAAGCAACCUGCCCCGGAGGUCUAUCUAUGGGGAGGAGAUACCAGAGACAGUAUUUCUCAGUCAUGAUACCAACAACUUGACCAAUGCCCAGGUAUUUCUGUAUCCUGACGGACUGGCAAACAAGAGAAUUUGGAAUAAAAAAUAUCCAAUCUGCAUCCAAUUAUGUGAUCCCGAAGAUCCUGAAGACCAGAAUGCCGAAGUCACAGACACUAAAAGCGAUAUGUCUCCAAGAAGGGAUCCAGAAGGAUGUGAGAGGUCCAUUAUGGAGUGUAAGGCAGGGACAUUGUAUUUGUUUGGACGGACUGGAAGGGACAAGGAAGAAUGGUAUCAACAUCUGGUGAGGGCCUCUCGAGGGUCCAUGACUGGAAAGCAAGAUGCCAUCAGAGGCGAUAGCAAGACAGGGUCACUACCAAAUCCCCUUUUGAGUCCAUGCAGUUGGGGGGGCACGAGUAACAGCAGCAUGGAAAGCACGGAGGACGCUUCCCAUAUCAGUAAACCAAAAGACCUGGCGGCAAACGUCAGACAGAAAAUCCUCUUGGACUAUGCCACCUACAUGUCCAGGUUCAUCUCAACAGAUCCAGCCAGCCCAGUCCAGAGCCCUCGUCAGAGCGUUGCCAGCAGCCCCACACCUCCGAAAAAGGAGCACCCUAUGGAGCAAUCUCUCUCCAUUAACACACAUGUGUGCUGGGUCAAUGCCUUCAUUGGACGCAUGUUCUGGGACUUCUUGCAGGAGAAGUAUUGGGAAGAUGUGGUGGCCAACAAAAUCCAGAAAAAGUUGACCAAAAUCAAGCUGCCAAACUUUAUGGAUGAACUGACACUAACAGGCUUAGAUAUGGGAACAUCACUCCCCCAGAUUCUCACCAUCUCCAGCCCAAGCAUGAAUGAAAGAGGGUUGUGGAUGGAUAUGGAUGUGACGUACAGUGGGUCUUUACAAGUAACAUUAGAGACGAAAAUGAAUCUGUCCAGGCUAGGAAAGGAGGCAACAGUGGAUGAGGGCAGAUUGUUUGACAACAGAAGAUUUGGGGCAAAGGUGCCGAGAUCCAGUAUCUUCACAGGCAGCGACGAGGAGUCCUCCAGCGCCGGCUCAUCAGAAGAUGAGGAGAUCACAGUCACGGAGACACCAGGAAACGCGGGAGACAAAGCCAACCCCAAUAAUGCUGAAAGUUUUCCAGGAGGGAACAGCACCAGUCGGCGGAUCCUGCGCUUUGUCGACAAAAUUGCCAAGUCUCGCUGUUUCCAGAAAGCCACCGAGAACGAGUACAUCAAGAGGAAGAUAGAAGAGAUGUCCAACACCCCGCUGCUGCUGACCGUGGAGCUGCAGGAGCUGGGGGGUACGCUGGCCGUGAACAUCCCCCCGCCACCCACCGACCGCAUAUGGUACAGCUUCCGGGCGCCACCACAGGUGGAGAUGAAGAUUCGACCGAAGCUGGGAGAGAGGGAGGUGACAUUCAUGCACGUGACGGAGUGGAUCGAGAAGAAGCUACAAGAUGAGUUCCAGAAAAUUUUAGUGAUGCCAAACAUGGAUGACUUAUUAUUUCCAAUCAUGCAGUCAGGACUCAAUCCCUCCAGGCAGCCACAAACCGACCAGUCCAUACCAGGACCACUGUGAAUACAUAGGAUACAAGAACCUGCAUGGACCUACAGCAAAUAAUAACUGGACGGAACUAAGAUGCAUGACCUGCUGUAGGCCCCCACGCCAGGAUUAUGGGAGACGAUUGGCCCAGCUCAUCGGAGGAAGCAUCUACCCAAUGUAUGACCAGCAGAUAUGGUGGAGAGAAGACUUCUUGCCCUGCUUUAUACAUUGCUGGAUUGGACGUUGUGUGACCUAGACAGCGGUGGCAGCCAUUUUGUGUUCAGAUUUCAAAAGCUGGAUAUAGACAACCCCUUUCUUGUGUGCAGGAUCCCCAUGGUUUAGCUGAUUGCUGAGAGAACCGCCAUGUGACAUGAUUCCCAAUUAAAUCAAUGGGCAUUCACUGGUUUCAAUGGAUGACUCCAGUCUUGCAGAAGGGGGUGUGAUUGGGGGACUCCCCUGUAUCACCUCAAAAGACCCUGUUAUGGCAUAUGGGAAGCGGUUGUCUAUCGCUAUAGAGCAGCGUUCUGUAGAGAAGAGCAUGACAACCCCCACCCCAGACUGAACUCAUUGGGGCUCUUGUCCAGAUUUCCAGAAAUCUUCCAUCAGUUCCUUCUAAUGUUGGACAAUGUUGCUGAUGAGAAGCUACGUCUACAAGGUAUUGACAUAAUAAGAGUUAUGAAUGUCUGAGUUUGGAGUUUCUCCAGUUGGAUUUUGGAAAUUGACAAAUAGGGAGCUCAAGC